AUUUGGACGCAGCAUCGAUUUGCACAUAGAGAUUAGACCACAACUCACGUGUAAAAACGCAAUAGACUAAUAUUCUCUACCCGCAGUAGUAGAGAAAUUAAGAGGCCAAGAGUUUUAAAACAUGGCUGUUGAGAAAGAAAUGGACCAAGCACCACAGAAACACCCCCUCGCUGAAACAGGAGAAGAUAUCACCCCUAAUAAAGAUGGAGGAGUCCUGAAGGCUAUUAUCAAAGCAGGAGUUGGUGAAGAUGGACCCAUGAAGGGAGAUAAUGUCAGUGUACAUUAUGUCGGGACGUUGCUAAACGGAGAGGAGUUUGACUCAAGCAGACGCAGAAAUGAAAAGUUUUCUUUCAAGUUGGGAGAAGGUCGGGUGAUUAAGGCGUGGGAUUUGGGCGUGGCUACCAUGAAACGAGGCGAGGUUGCUGUACUGACAUGUGGGUCUGAGUACGCUUACGGCAAGAAUGGUCAAGGUAAAAUUCCAGCCGAUGCAACGCUGGUUUUUGAGGUGGAGCUUUUUGAUUGGUCAGGAGAAGAUUUGAGUGAAGCUAAAGACGGCGGCAUCAUGCAUCGAACCCUUGAGGCUGGAUCUGAGUAUGAUAAACCAACAGAUAAUUCAGCUCUGGAAGUUCAUAUUAUCGGCAAACAUGGCGACCGUGUCUUCGAUGAUCGCGAUGUCAGCUUCAUCCUGGGUGAAGGAUGUGAUCAUAAUAUACCUGAAGGACUUGAAAGGGGUCUUCAAGAAAUGAAGAGUGGUGAACUCGCAGAGUUUAAACUCCAACCGAAGUAUGGGUUUGGUGAAGCCGGGAACGCAGACUUCAAUAUUCCAGCUGAUGCUAGCCUUACAUAUCAAGUCAAACUCACAUCAUUUGAAAAGGCAAAGGAGUCAUGGGAAAUGAAUCCAACUGAGAAAUUGAGCUCAGCAGAGAUUGCUAAGACAAAAGGAACAGAGAAGUUUAAGGGUGGUGAAUACAAGAAAGCAGUGAAGCAAUACAAGAGAAUCACGGACUACUUGGAUCACGAUUCCGAAUUCUCAGAGGAAGAGAAAAAGACGUCAAACGAGCUUCUUUUGGCCGCACAUCUUAAUCUUGCAAUGUCUUAUAUCAAGAUGGAAGAGUUCACUCAAGCUGUUGAAGCAUGUGAUAAGGCGCUUGAGAUCGAUGACAAAAACAUCAAAGGUCUGUUCCGACGAGGGCAGGCUAACCUUUCCAUGGCUGACCCUGUCUUAGCAAAGAAUGACUUCAGUCAAGUUGUAGCUCUGGAUCCAAACAACAAAGCCGCUAAGAACCAACUCGUUAUCUGUCAACAUAAGAUUAAACAAGCCAAUGACAAGGAGAAGAAACUCUAUGGAAAGAUGUUUGAGAAGUUUGCCGAGCGAGACAGAAAGAUUGAAGAAGCGACUAAACCUAGCACUGAGCUACCCACAGACUACGGUGGCGUAUUUAAUAAAGAAGAUGUGGAUGCUCCUUCCAAUGGUGGAGAUGCACAAAGUAAUGAACCAUCAAAUAGCAGUCAGGAAACAAGUGAGACACCGAAUACUGUUGGGGCAAUGGAAGCGGAGGUAUAGGGAUGAUAACCCAACUGCUGUUUCAUGUCCUCGUUUCAAGCACUGACUUGUAAAAUACAGCUUAGAAUUCAAUUCUCUCAUUGAAAAUGCCUGAAAUUUAAUAAUUGUAUUAAUUUUAUUCCCGAUAGCGACUAUCAUGAAAUGAUCAAAGAUUCUUUAUCUCAGGUGUGGAAAUUUGGGUUGAAAUGAAACAUUUUUAAUGGUUGAUGAUGUAUAAAAUAAAUGCAGUUUAUUUCACGAGACAACCUCAGCAUGUUUGGUUGACUGUAGGAUUGGAAUUGUUAUAGACAGUUUAACCUUUGACAUGUCAUGGUUGCGACACAGGGCCUGUACUUCCUGCAGGCACAAAGUGUACACAGGUCCGUGAAAGAAAACUAAACCCAACUCUUCAGUAGAACCUCUAAAUCCAUUCAGCUGGUUAUUUUGACAGCAUAAAAUGUAAAAACUUCCUGAUGUUAAUGGUUACAAUGUAGAAUUUUGCUUACUAGGAAAUGUGCAACUACAAAUGGGCCCAAGUUUAGCAAGAACCUGCACACCAAGAGUCGUUAUUUAAGGCACUGGACACUAUUGGUAAUUGUGUCCUCUCCCUUGGUGUAUCUCAAUAUAAAAAACCAAACCUGUG